AUGGCCGGCAAGGACUACGUGUUUUCGGCCACGGACGAUCCCAUUUUGAAGCAGCCACCCAAGACGGCGCUGGACCCCGAGGAGAUCAAGGGGGUGUUCGGCUACCCGCGAGACGUGAGGGAGAGGUUUCAUUUCGGAGAGGUGAUUGGGACGGGUAGCUAUGGAGUGGUGCGCCGGUGCAUUGAGAAGGAGUCCCACAAAGAGUAUGCAGUCAAGACACUGCCCAAGACCCCCAAGAAAGGUCCACCCACACCACGAUAUCUCCUGAAGUUGCGAAACGAGGUGGAUGUAAUGCGGCAAGUUGGCAACAGCCUCAAUGCUGUGCAUUUGCUGGGAGCCUAUGAGGACGACCACGAGAUCCAUCUGGUCAUGGAGCUCUGCACAGGGGGACCCCUGCUCGACAGGCUGCUGACUCACAAGCGCUCUGAACAGGACAUAGCGCAGAUUGCUCGAUCCAUCCUACAGUUCAUAGCACAGUGCCAUGCCAAGGGGAUCGUGUACCGUGACGUCAAGACGGACAACUUUCUAUUUCAGAGCAAGGCGGAUGGGAGCCCUCUGAAGGCGACUGACUUUGGACUGUCCAUUCGGCACUGGCCCAAUGAGCCGCCCAUGAAGUCAAGAACAGGCACCCCUGCGUACAUGGCACCUGAGCUGAUCAUGCAGAACUACACCGAGCUGGCAGAUGUGUGGUCUGUGGGCAUGCUGACCUACCAGCUGCUCACGGGGCGUUUCCCCUAUUGGGACGACAUCAGCAAGUGCAGCCUGAAGCAGCUGUGGGCCGCCAUCGUUACAAAGGAUGUGGACCUCGAUCGGCCUGACUUGGUUGGCAGUCUGUCAGAAGGUGCACGAAGCUUUCUGAAGAUGCUGUUGGUCAGGAAUCCCGAUGACAGGCCCUCAGCACACGAGGCCCUAAUGCACCCUUGGGUCAUGGAGGGAGGCACCGCCACGGCCCUCCCACUUCAGGGCAGUGUGGUGCAGAGGUUGCAGCGCUUUGCCACUUAUGGCGACCUGAAGCAGUUGGUGCUCAAAAGGAUAUCAGAGCUGCACCUGGAAGAAGGCGCUGUCGGUGGCGAGCUGCGUGACCUGUUUGACCAACUGGAUGUUGACAGCAGUGGGUGGCUGUCGUUGGACGAGCUGUCCCAUGGUCUCCGGGCUCAGGGCUACAGCCUGUCCGAUGAGGAGGCCCGGCAGCUCAUGUCAGAGGUGGACGUGGACGGGAACGGAAAACUGGACUUUGACGAGUUCAUGGCGACUCUGGUGGACUGGAAUGAGGUACAAAUAUAUCGAGCGGACUUGGAUCGAAUUUUUGGGGAGAUGGACACAGAUGGCGAUGGCUUCAUUUCUCUGGCUGAGAUCGCCGAAUAUCUGCCAUCAUACCUGCCUCUCUCCAGUGAGAGUGGCGACAGCGGAGAUGACAGGAUGACGAUAGCAAAGCGCAUGCUGCGGGAGGCGGACAAGAACGAGGAUGGUUUCAUAUCGAGGGAUGAGUUCAACCACCUCAUGGUAAAGUCAAUGGGGCCCGACUCCCUUGACCAGUACGACAGCCGCAUCAUGAAGCCUGAUACGCCACGGCAGAGUGCAGCGCCACGACAGGGAGCCACUAAACGGGGGGGCUGA